AUGCAACUAGGCUAUGCGCUGCAAUUCAUGUAUCUCAAGAGCUACCCAGAUGCCUACUACGACAGAAACGCUCCACUUUAUGGCGAGCCGCUCCGAUUCAACACCUUUCUCUACAUCGCCGGUGCUUCCAUCGAAUACACCGCCAUGAUGGAUUUCGCCGUGGCUCGUCUUAACGAGGCUACGGCAAUCAUCGGAGAAUACCUUCCCAUCCUCCAAGAGCGCUCUCCCAACAGUCUUCAAGAGCCCAACCCAGAGCUUUUCAACCUAUACAACCCACUCGGAUGGGCUCUUAGCAUGAUGUAUGAGCAGGGCACAAAUGUGUUGAUGAGAAAUCUACGGUUAGCCAUGGCCAAACUCAUCGAUGUCUCGAUGCUGUACCUCAUCCUGGAUCGCGGAUUCAAGCAGGUUUUUAGCAUGAGCUGGGUUGGAUUCCUCUACCCGAACUUGGUAAAUGACGCCAUCUUCUUCGGAAGUGUCGGGGCGAUGGAACCUCUGAAAGAAAGCGGCAUGAUCGCUGCUCAACAGCAAAGCCAGCAUCUACAAGAAAGUCAGCACCAGCAACAGGGCCAGAUCCCAAUACAAGGCCAACACCAAGAGCAACACCAAGAGCAACACCAAGAGCAACACAAAGAGCAACACCAAGAGCAACACCAACCCGAAGCCCAACAUACCGCCGAAACAGCAAGGAAUACCAACGUAUUAUGGAAGGCAAGUUGGGAUCAGUCACAAGCCAGACUCAAGGCUCAGCUUCCUCAGAAGCAGGAGAGUGUACAGCCGCCAGUCGAAACCCCGGCACCAAUAUCCCAACCCGCAUCGGCACCGGCGAGCCGGCUGCCUAAUGAUGGUGUUUGGGGCAACGAUAUUUGGGAGCGGAUAGACAGGACUCAUGUCAAUGGUAUUGGGCCAGGAAGAAGGGGAAGGGACUGGGAAUUCGGCGGAGCUAGGUGUGCCAGAGACGGCCGAAUGGGAGGAUCUAAGUACUUCUACCCACGAGGGUGUUCAAGAGCGCGCGCGGAUAAUGACUGGCGUUGCCCAUGGAACCGGGACUGGAGGAAGAGGGACGAGCCGGAGGAAUACCACCAGCCGGAGGAGGUGGAGGACGAAGAUGGUACCCUGUGGAUCAUCGGGAACCCGGGGCCUACACCGGCUCCACAGAAGCAACCGGAGCAGCCGGAGCAAGUGAGCCAGCCCGACCAGCGAGAACAAUCGGAAAAGCCGCACGAGGACCUGGAGGAAGAACGAAGGGAAAGGCCUCACAGUGUUUCGGAUGAUUUGGUCAACCCCUGGGAUGAGGACACCUGGCGGCCUGCCACGAAGGAGCAACGAAAGGCGGGAGGCUCGGAAGAGAGCGGCCCCGAUGAUGAUGACGACGAACGUUCGACGAUUACGGCUUUUACCCCGGUUACUUCCAUGGCAGGAGACGACGUUAUGAGCGGGUCGACGAUGAUUCCGGUGGUUUUUGAGGACGAUGCGGACGAGGCGGGUGGUGAGGAAAGGACGGGUAAUGACUUGGUGACUGCGAUUGCUUCCAAGGAGGGGGGGCAAGAUGGGGGGGAUCUCACGCCUACGCCCAGUGCGAUUCACUAG